UACACCUCAGAUUAGCACUUAUAGAACAAUAUGCAUUUUGCCUAAAAAUGCUGGCAAAGGUGCGUUUUGGAAAAUUCGCUGGUACUACGACCGAAAUUGGAGAGUCUGUCGGAAAUUUAGAUUCAAUGGAAAACGUAUAAGUGGAAAUGGAAACUCAAAUAAUUUUGCAUCUUGGUGGCAUUGCAAAAAGAAUUGUCCAUAAAUUAAUUAUCGGGAUCAAUUAAAUUAAAAAUCAUAUUUAAGUUACAUAUAUAUAUAACAAUCAGGUUAUAUAUGAAUUGAAUUUGUAAGUUUCGCCUCAACUAUAUACAUCUUUCUCACCUGCUUUUGUUUACGUUUACAAAUGUCUAAAAAGGCAGCUUAAAUGCAUAGCGAAUGAUAAGAAGCAUACAACUAACACAAUAUUUGGUUAUCAUAGGCAAUAUAAGGCAAACACUGGAGUUUGUUCUAUACCACCUGAUUUAAUAUAGCUCUCUAGCUUCAAAACAAAAGUUGGUGACAUAAAAGAUGUCAAUAGCUACUUAUUCUUAUUAGUUUCAAUUGUAUCACCAUGCUGUUCAAAAUAUCGUGUCUCCUCAUUCUUUUGGUCUUCUGUCUGCAGCAGAGUUAUUCGAUCAAACGCAGAUGCCUUCAGCCACUGGAUGUGGGCAAAGGCAAGGCCUAUCUGCGCAAUUGGUUCUACAACUCCACAUCGCAGAGGUGCCAAAGGUUCAUCUUCUAUGGAGGCGCGAGCAAUGGCAACAACUUCAAUACCCAAGCUCGAUGUCACAAAAUUUGCCUAGCCCAAGUCUCUUUGCCAAUUAAUUUCAACUCCACUGCCGCUUAAAAAGAACAACGAUUCGAAUCAAACAAUAACUAAUAAAUGAGACUUAAAUACGUUAAGGCCAGUCGAGCUAAUUGCAUUUUGUGUGAAAUCGCUGAGAAAAUCAAGUUGAUGCUGCGCCCAUAUUCGCUGGCAAGAAAUAUUUCCUAUAAUUUAAGCUCAUACUAUUAUAUAUUUAUUCUUGUUUUUUUUUUCUUUGUAAAACUUGUCAGCGCCACCCACUUUCUAGGCAGCGCCGGCUAGUUCCACAGUGGGUGUCUAUUUGCCCAGGAGGUGUUAGGCGGGUGCGCUGACAACCCAAUGGAGCUGCAGCAACAAUUGCAGCCACAUUGCAGCCACAACAACAAUUGCAACAGCAGCACCAUCAACGUUUUGCUAAAUCAAAAUUGACACUAUGCAAAAAGCCAACCCACAGAUCGGCAAUUGCUGGAGGAAAACGGUAGCCGCACACACAUAGCCACACCGUGGAGCACAUGCCUCUGGGCCAAGACUUGGGGCCAGGCGCUCAGCAUGCCAAGCCAUGGAGGCCAAAAGGUGCCCGCUGUCCGUGGCGCCAAGAUGUGGCCGCUGUUGUUGCUAUUGCCACUCGGCGUUAGAUUUCAACCAUGUGCAGACAACGGUCGCCACACACAAACGUUGAAAAUAGCAGUUAUUAGUUUGACACAGCGCACAGUGUGCUAAAUGUGAUUACAAAAGAGAAUUAAAGUAAUCAGGAAGGUGAUAAAAUUAAGAUUUUCAUUAACGAGAAAGUGAUCAAAAAGAUGACACUAUCAAAAAGGUACACACUCAGUUAAUAACAGUCGUUAAAAGAUGUCUAUUGCAUUUAUUUAAAUUUCACACUCCGCGCAGUUCCUAGUUUAAUUGAAUAUUUUUAUGUUAAUUAAACAUUUUGCCCACUGUGCCGAGGCAGUCAUGCCAUGUUCGAGUGCACUGUGGGCACCACGAUGGCGACAUUUGCUCAUUAAGCAUAUUAAAUAAUUAGUACUUGUUGUUGUC